AUGUUCGGGACAGUACAUUUAUUGGUUGUAUUUGUGUUGAUAACUAUUAGUGAAGCAGCGAGAAUAUUAGCUGUUUUCCCUGUUCCAUCUUAUAGUCAUCAGAUAACAUUUCGUCCUCUCACUCAAGAGUUAGCAAGAAGAGGCCAUCAUGUAACCGUUGCAACAUACAUGCCAACAAAUAAAACAAUGGAAAACCUUAAAGAAAUUGAUUUACACGAUUCGGUUAAUGAAUUGCUGUAUGUUUUGAUGCAGGUGUAUGUUUUGUAUUGCAUUUCGAAUAUUAAAGUUAUUUUUAACAGAAUCGAGUUAGAUAUCAUAUUUGUAAUCAUGGUCGGGACAGUACACUUAUUGGUUGUGUUUGUGUUGAUAUCUAUCAGUGAAGCAGCAAGGAUAUUAGCUGUUUUCCCAGCUCCAUCUUAUAGUCAUCAGAUAACAUUUCGUCCUCUUAUUCAAGAGCUGGCAAUAAGAGGCCAUCAUGUAACUUAUGUAACAUUCAUGCCGCCAAAUAACACAAUGGAAUACUUAAAAGUAAUUGAUAUACACGAUUCGUCUUAUGAAUUGGUAAAAGAUGUUCUCGUUGAUGAGUUAAAACAUGCUGAUGAUAUUUUUUUGCAAAAUACAAUUAUUUUUAAACUAUUUGCCCCAAUCUUCGAUAAACUUCUACAAAAUGAAUUAAGGGAUUAUACUACUGAUAAAUAUCAUAAGUUUGAUGUAAUUCUAUCUGAAGCCUGCGUCAGGAUGCUGUUAAUGUUUUCUCAUGUUUUCAAAGCGCCAGUCGUGCAAGUUAGUUCGUUUGGUGGGAGUUUUGGUAAUUAUGAAAUGAUUGGAGCUGCGAAGCAUCCAUUGCUACAUCCGUUACCUAUGCGAGAGAAGUUUCAUGAUUUAUCAACGAUUGAUAAAGUUAACUCAGUGUACAGUCAUUAUAAGGAGAACGUAAUAAUUUAUGGUUUGGAAGAAAGAGAAAACGAAAUUAUUAGGAAACAUUUAGGUGAAGAUUUCCGAACUUUAAGUGAGAUGCACCAAAACGUUGCCUUAGUGUUAUUAAAUACGCAUCCUAUUUGGGAUUUGAUUCGCCCCGUUCCAUCCAAUUUAGUUUAUUUGGGUGGUCUGCAUUUGCAAAAGGAAAACCCAUUACCACAUGAUCUUCAGUCAGAACUUGAGUCAUCGCGAGGUAUAAUCUACAUGAGCUUUGGCACCGUCGUGAAUUCUGAGAUAUUGCCUACAGACAAGCUGCGUAUGUUUCUCAAAGUGCUUGGUGAGCUGCCCUACGAUGUAUAUUGGAAGUGGACUGGUGAUGUUGGAACGGUGCCGAGCAAUGUUAGAGUGAGACAGUGGUUUCCACAGGCGGAUCUACUGAGACAUGAAAAGGUAAUGUUGUUCAUAACACAAGGAGGUCUGCAGUCUAUCGAUGAAUCUAUCGAGGCGAGGGUACCAAUGUUGUGUAUACCCAUUAUGUGGGACCAGUGGUACAACGCCGCUAGAAUAUCCAAACUCAAUAUUGGAGUACAGAUGAACAUUCGAGAAGUAACUGAGAAGCAGUUUAAGGAAGGAAUCUUAAAUAUUAUGCAGAACAAAAGUUACCGGGAGAACGUGAUAAAACUUCGUGAUCUUUAUAACGACAAGCCGCUCACUUCCCUGGAGACGGCAGUCUGGUGGAUAGAGCACGUGAUACGACACAAAGGCGGGAAACAUCUGAGAUCUGCCGCGUUCAACAUGGCGGCCACAGAUUAUUAUGAAACGAAUCUUGUGUUGUUUAUGUUUGUUAUUUUGUUGCCGUCUGUGGUUGUUUUAUAUUUAUCUCUGAUUUUUGUGAUUGGUUUUCUUAGAAGUAGUAAAAUAAAGAAGGAAUAAUAUAAUCAUGUUUCCUUUCAAAUAAAAGUAUGAAUUAGAAA